GGCUGCGUUUCCAUGAGUCACUCCAGGACUUUGUGCUGCCUGCUGUGAGGUGGGGAGGGGGUAUCUCCGUGCCGACGUCCUACUCCGUGAUGUGAGGCACAGGCAUGCUCAGUAGCUGGUGCCUACCCCUCCUCUCUCGGCAACAGUGCCUACAACACUGAGAGACCGCUGGCAGCCGGAGCGGGGCCGGAAAGCCAUCUUUGUGGGAGCGGAGGCAGCGGCGGUCGGGAGCCAUGUCUGCUCCAGCUCCUACUCAAGGACCCACUGGUGCUGGGGCUGCAGGGCCACCUCCUGCUACCAAUGUGUCAAGUAACAAACGGCUGCAGCAGACACAAGCCCAGGUGGAUGAGGUGGUAGACAUCAUGAGAAUGAAUGUGGACAAGGUGCUAGAAAGAGACCAGAAGCUGUCAGAGCUUGACAACCGGGCAGAUGCAUUGCAAGCAGGUGCCUCGCAGUUUGAAACCAGUGCAGCCAAACUGAAGAGAAAAUAUUGGUGGAAAAAUUGCAAGAUGAUGAUCAUCCUUGGUGUAGUAUGCACAAUCAUUCUCAUUAUAAUUAUAAUUUAUUUCUCCACUUGAAAAAAUGAAGAAGGAAGACUUGGCACAACUUUGUUCAUAUCAACCAACAAUAUCAGUGUUCCUUUGUUGAACUCCGCUUUUUAAUUCCUGGUGUCUUGGGAUUUUUGCUUGUAAUAACGUAUAGGCAUUCAGUGUGGUGUGUUUUGGAAUUCUGUUGUUUCCACAAGAAACUGUACCAGCUAAAUACUGCCAAGUAGUUCCAUACACUGUCUUAUCACUGUGUCUUAAAAUGUGCACGCACUGACCUUCAGAAGCUGUAGUAUAUGAAAAGCAUCCUAAAUAUCUUAGAAUUGGAGAAUGCAGCUAUAGAGUUCUGGUGUAAGGGGACACUGUCAGGUGAGCUGGAUCCAAAAUUACGGUUUCAGCAGAAAUGAGAGCCAAAAUUCUUAGUCUGAGUACCUAAAGUUGUGUGGCAAAAUCCACUAUCAGAUGCAGCUUUUUGAGGUAGCAAGUCCUUGCUACACUGGAGAGUGGUACUUGCAAAUAUUCAUAGAAUGAGUGAGACAUCUCUACCUAGCCAACCAAUCACAUGUGGUUUUGAAAUUAAAUGUGAUAUCCGUUUAAAACAUUGCCUGCAGAAAGCACGUAAGUCUGCAUUUUAUGGAUUUAAAAUUUCUCUUAGUUCUGAGCAACUAAGAUGGCCUCAGUGUGAAAGACAGAAUGACUGUAUGAUAACCAAGAAAUGUUAGUUUGCACAAUCUUGAAAAAGCUCAGUGAAAUGCAAAAAUGGUAAUACAAGCACCAUAAAUAACCAAGAUGCAGAUUCUUGCUAAGAACUCAAGGCAGUGUUUGUCAGAAUUCAUUGAACUCUCCUGAAUGACAAACCCCAAUAGCCCUAACUUGAAGAAUACAAAUGACUUUGGCUUCCCAUCACAAUUGUAGGAAGCUGCUUCUGCACCAUUUUUCAGAAAUGGUUCCCUUGUGAGGCUCAGUUAAAAAUCAGAAAGAAGAUGCAGUAAACAGAAGGAACUGUAGAGACAGAGGCCAGGGAAUGGAAAUUGGAGGGUGCCUAGCAAAGCUUUCCUUCAGCAGAGGAAGGCAGAGAAACACUGUUCUAAACUGGAGGUGUUAGUAGGCUUGCUUACUAUUUAAUUUUUGUGUUUGUAUAGUUUAUAACCUAUAACAUCAGCUUAAUAGAGUACUCAGCUCAGAUAUCUUUCAUACAUAAGCCAACAUUUGAUAUAAUUUAAGGAAAAUAUAUGUUGCAUUUUGGAGGAAAGUCGUAUGCUAUUGUUGUAAGGUUACGCCCAAGUGUUCAAUUUCAACUUCUUUUGAAAAUACCACACAGUUUGUUUUGAGGAGGAUGCGAAUAAUAUCCCGAGAGAAUUAUACCAAUUUUAAAUGUAUCUACUUAAACUAGAAAUGAAUUUUCAGACUUUGAGCUGGGUGAUCCUGACAGAGCCUUUUGAAGAGAAGAUCUUCAGAAUUUCUAAGAAUUGCUGGAUAUUUAUUUAUUUAUUUAUUUAUUUUAAAGAGUGUUGCCUAUUAUUUUUUUUCCCUGCAACUCUGUUAAGGCACAUAAAUAGUUAUGUUAGCAUUGAAGAGCAUCUCUCUUGACACGAUCUAAGACUGAAAAAAAGAGAGAACUGGACAAGUUUAUUGCAGUAGAUCUUAAGUAGAAUUUUGUGGAGGGAAUAAGCAAUGAUGAGUUGAAUGGUUCCAGCUGCAUUGUUUUUCUAUCUACUUAUUACUUCAUUUUCAUAUGUAUUGUUUCUUAUUGUUAACUAGCAAGUGGCCAUGGUCGUAAUAAAAGUAACUUUCAAACAUUAGUAACUUUCGAAGUUUCUAAUGUACUUCUGGUAUGCCUUGUUUGCUUUAGUUCAUCAUCUAAGUAUAUGAACUAUUCUAAAAUCCUCAUGGUUCAGACAGACAGAAAAUAAUUCUGUUGUUAAAGGGCCUGACUUUGUGAAAUGCUAUGGUUGUGUGUAAUUGAGCCUUUUUAGGAAAAAGAAUAAGCUAUCCAACUUCAGGAUGCGUUUUAGACAAUUAAGAUACCUGGAUAACUAACAGCUAGAAAGAAUUAUCUCCUGAUGCCACCCAUGCUCAUGCUGAGCAUGACAUGAUCCUCCCAGGGCUUCUCUACAAGAAUACUGAAACAUCUCAUGAGACACAAAUAGCUUUCACUGGAGAUACUACAGUCAGUAAGGUUAUAUGAUACAGAUCCCUAAUGUAGACAGUGCAAUCUCUCAUCAGUCUAAAGUGACUAUUUAUCUGAUGUAAGCAACAGGUACACAUGAAGAAGCUAUGAAGACACAAAGUUAACAAAGGAAACUAUAAUGAAUCUGUAAGGAUGAAGAACUUGGUCCUCCGAGCUAAUUAAUCUCAAGUAAUCAGAAUGGGAGCUUUAGGGGACACCGGAAAAGAUGAACUGCUGAAUUUGUAUUCGUUCCCCCUCAAAGUAGCAACUGAUGGGGUUGACUACUAGCUGUUGGUAAGAAUUUGCAAGAGUAUAGUCAUGAAACCUAGCCUCUAGUGGGCUGUAAAAUGUUCAUCAAGAGGCAGUUUCCUCAUGUGUUCUAAUAGAUUUGCUAAAUUAAUGUUUUUAAAUUGGUUACGCUACAGUAUUUGCUAGCUGUACUGUUUGGUUGCAGUUGGUAAGCCAUGUAACGUUUCUAAUUUAGCCCAGGAAACAUGAACAAGUAUGUCCUUCUGCAUUGUAUAGGCUUGGAGUCUUACUGCUCCUUCAGAUUGUUAAUUAUCUCACAGUGAGAAUAUGGUAAUAGAGAACAGUUUAAGGUCAUGGAUUGUGAAACACCAGCACAUACACAUAGAGUAAUACAGAGGACAAUCUAUAUAAACACAGUUGGAGAUCUUAUUUGUGUUUAAGCCAGGAUUGAUUUGUUUUUCAGUCACCUCCUUUACAUUUAAAACGUCCCUUCAUAAUUACAACUCCCUAUAUGUAAUAGCAAAUUUCCCAUAUAAAGGUUAACUCAUUCUUCUUUAGUCAGCACUGGCUAGAAUUUCAGUUACUGAGUGGAAUUUAAACUAUGACUCUUCAUGACUAAUUACUGCCCAGGCUCAGGCUGGUAAAAAGGCACAAAGGAACUCCCUUUUAUCUACUUCACGGCAAGCCCUCAGGAGACUGCAAGGCUGAUUAACUUAUGAUUGCCAUCCUGGGGACCAAAUUGAAGACUUCUCUGGCUGGAAGCUUUAGCUAGAGUUUUCAUAGCUUUAGUUUUAUUUUGGUAGCUUUAGCUAGAGUUAGACAACACAAGAGACUUGCAUGCUCAGUAUUUAUAAGAAGUAUUUACUCUUCCCCCGAUUUUUGUGCUACAGCUGCACUGCUGGCAAGAUAAUGGCAUUCAGAAACGGCAUUGCUGAAAUGGGUAGUUAGGAGCUAGUCUGUGUUUGUGUCAUAACUGCUUUUUAGUUUGCACAUCAAUAUGUGAAGCUUAAGUAGUGUUAUUCACAGCCACUCUUCACAGAGUAGUAAAGUCCUGCCUGGUCAUUAUACCUUCUUCCUUCUAAUUUAGCUCACCUUGAAAUAACAUAUGAAAUAACAUAUAACAUGUCUCUAAACCUAAAUAUCUGGAAUGCAGAACUUGUGGGAGUAAGUAGUGUGGAAGCCCAAACAGACACUUGACCUGCUUUUCACCUGGCCACAUUAUGUAACAGCACAGUCAGUCCAACAUAGUUCAACAUAAUCCAAUAUUAUUAAAUGGAGGAGGGAGAACCUGAUAAAGAUACUGAAUGUAACCUAGCAUCUGUAGACAAGAAAUGAUUUCAAAGUUUGACUUUUAAAGCUGGUACUUCAGUUCCAUUGAAAGCUGUAUGAAGUAAGGCCUGGAACAGUUCAGGCGAGUAAAAUACAAUUUUCUUUUUAAAGAGUUAUCUACAAUAAGUGAUUUAAACAUCAGCAUUGACGGAAGGAUAUGACAAUUGUAACUGUUUAAGGAACUACUUUGAACAGCUACUGUUUGCUGUGAGUUUUUUUCUUGGUUAGCAAGACCUUUUGAAAUUCUUCAUUUGCUGCGUCUUAUUCCUGUUCCUGAUUCUCCAACAGUCCUUCCCAUAACCUUCUCAACAAUCAAGCUACUUUUUGUCUAAAUGGGUUUUAGCUCUUAUAAGCAAGUUCAUGAUUCUGACACAUCUUUUAAGAGCAUGCAUGUAAAACGGUGAUGUCUGUUUCUCUGAAGUGCACCUGUCACGGCAGACUGAACUUUUUUUUUGGAAGGAAUUUUUGGAAGCUCGGGUGUUAACUGAAGUCUUUCUACUUGCGUGAAGUUUUUUUUUUCUCUGUCCUACGGGAGGUUGUGGACCCAGUGGGUGUAUGUAUAAUUUAUUAUUAUUUCAUGGCAGUGCUCAUGUUGGUGCUAGAUCUGCCAGGUCUUCACAAAACAGAUUAGAGGGCAACUGAGUGUGACCGAGGGCUUACAUCUUGACCCCACCUCUCCUGCCUUUUAAGCAGUAACCAUAUUAGGCAAUGGGCUCACUCCCAAUGUACAUAGAGAGUAUUGGAGAAAGGUCUCACAGAGGACAAAGUCUCUUAGGUCUGGAUUCAGACCUGAAUCUGACCUGACCUGAACCUUAGGACAGUAACAGAUUUAACCUUUGGGUUCCCUGUGUAGACGGAGGAGUUGAGAUGCUCUUCUUGGCAGUUAUUCUCCCCAGCUGAUUUAGGGCUCUUUUGUUAGAUGGAAUUUAUUUGAGUUUGUGUUUCUCCAUGCUAGCUGAAGUACAAGCAACCUCAAAGACCUUUCUUUAAAAGCUAGAACCAAAAAGUUGAAGACUGUUCGAAAAAAGCAACUGUAUUGUGAGAAAUAAUUGGCUGAAUGAAGACGUCUUAGAUGGUGGCUGUUAUUUCAGUAGCAAUACUAGAUUGAGAUGUCUAAAACAGUCAAACCAGAACCUCACAUUUUUUUCCAUCUUUUCUCUUUCAGAAAUUAUUCUCUAUUCCACUUCAAGAUUUUCUUCUUCAAUUAGCUUCCCUUCCUUUAUUUCAUUAAUUUAUGUUUGCAUUGAUGUUCUCUGUGGCUUUUUUUUCUCCAUUGAGAAUCACGUCAGAUUCUCAAAAUCAGAUGAAGACCGUCACAUGCAUAAAAAGAGAUCUGAGCCACCCAAGUAAUUUACCUUUUUUCCCAAUGCACUGACAUUUAAAAGCUACAUCUUACAAUAAAGCAAAACUGUGGCAGUCUGAUUACAAGCAGGUUUUGGUAAACACUUGAUUAUUUAACAAUGAGUCAUUUCUGCAGUAACCUCAUUCUGUCAUGACUGUAUCACAUCUGCUAGCUCUCCAGAGCAAAAAUCAUAACCUGUACUGGUUUAAAACAUGAAUACAGCCUCAUGGUUCAUAUGUAACACUCUAUUCAAGCAAAGAAGCCAUGUGCUGUAAGUUUAAAAGGGCAAAUAAUUUAUUUUCAAAGAGAAAAUACCAUAGAGAACAACAAAUAUAAUUAUGAAAGGCUGUCCAUUCUUUAGCUAUUCUCCCAGUAGCUGGCUUCACCAUUAUUCUUCAAGUCUUUGUUCUCUUUUAAAGCCUUUGUGUUUUUGGAGCGUAAUGUAUUUGGAGCAUAGCAUAUUGGGGCUAGGGUUGUUCUGCUGCCCCAUGAAUUGACUCCCUGCCUUCUGUCCUGUAGUUAUUGUUGACCUCAAUCAUAGCUGAGUUAGGCCUGAGUGGAGAACAGCCUCCUUCCCAUAACACCCUGUUGUCCUCAAACUAGUCCCUACUGAUGGGACAAGAACACUGAAGGCAGAGUAUGGCUCUUGGGUCUUAAUUCAGUUCAAAAUGAUGUGAAGGUGCAGAAUGCUCCUGGCUGCUAGACAACAGCAUUUCUGAUAAACUACUUUGAUUGUAACAGUGUAGUUUUAAUUAAUUUUUUAGUAUUCCUUGUAACAGUAAUUCUGCCAGUUUUGUUGGAAGACAGAGGAAAUGGCAAUUUAAGGAUGGUGUGAUAAUGACAAAGUAGUAAAUUGGGAAAUGGUUUAAGUGAAAUGUAGUCAACAUUCCGUAACCUCCUUGGAGAGCCUGUAUUUAAGAGCACCACUUUAUGUUAAAACUAAGCUGGUCUAGUCUGUAAGUAUAUAUAUACUAGUACUUCAAAUGAGGUAGUUGAAUUUACUUCCUUUCACUUUUUUCUUGGAAAUACAGGAGACAUACACAGUAAUGAUUUAGGUGUUAUUGUUGCAAGGAGAUGUACCACCCCAAGGCAUGCUGCUCAUGUGCUGCAGAAGUGCUCAAGGACUUGAGUCAAAUAAGGGCUCCAGAGUGAUUGGUGCAUUAAAUAUACAUCUCUUUUGCUGUACACAACUUCAGUUUGCCAGUAAUGGCAUCUUUUUGACACAGCAUAAUCAUUUUGCUUAUCCUCAUUCCACUCUAAUAUCUAUUCUUUUCCACUAUUAAAUGGUCAAUGGAAAGGACAGAAAAACUCUGUGCUGAAUCCAAUACAUUUUUUGACACUGUGGACAUGUGGUGGUGGUGGUUUGAGCUUUUGGAAAAAAAAGAGUUUAAGAUUUAUUUAGAGCAAGACCAAAUAAUGUCCUAUCUCCUUCCUUUUAAUUCUUCAAGCUUUCUUUCCUCUAAUAGGAAUAACCAGUUAUUUGUUUUCAAUUGUCAUUUUAAAAAACUAAACUCCAGUCCAAACCUUUAAUCGCAUCCUUUUAAAGGCCAUACAGUAGUGCUAAGCUAUGUAGCACUGAGUUCAAAAAGGAUCUGGAAGCCUUUGCUGAGAAAAGCAUCUCUGACCUCAUAGGCUCAACCGUACUGGGCAAGAAAUUGUGAUCUGUGCCUCUAUAGAAAACAUUCUAUACAUGUUAUUAAAUGUUAAUGUUAUUAAAGCUAUCUGGGAAGGAAAGAAGUGUUGUGGAGACCAGGAAAUUUGUUAAAGUGCUCUACCUGGAGGUCAGUGGAAGUUAGUUUAUAAAUGAUGAAAUUCCACAUACAUUUUGAUGCUUAAAUUGUGACGAUGUUUGAUAUUACUGUAUUUUUCUGUGGGUGGUGAUUUUUUUUUCUGAAGUGGUGAACAUAUUUUCCAAGAAUACUGUAUACAUUUGUAACACGUAUGUUUGUGCCAAUAAAUCUUGUUUUAAAUAGA